GAAGAUUACCACUCUAAAUCUCUGAUGCCAAGAUUUCACCAAGACAUUCCAGUCGCCUUCAGUGAACGGACAAAUAGUUUCACAGAAGAGCUUAUCAGAGAACCUGAAAUCUCAAGCAAUGAGUCACCUGAAAAACUUAUGCGAACUAGCAAUGAUACGAAAUCAAUGCCCAAAAGCUCUCAAGAGGAGUACAAAUCCUCUGUCAGCUCUGCAGAAGGAGAGAUUGCUCCUAAAUCCACUGAAAAAGACAAGAAGCAUGCUUGAACAAGUGCUGCCAAGAAGAAGAAAAAGCCGUUCUCCCUGAAGAGCACCGACUACAACCUCCCUCUUCACAGUGUCAUGAGCUCAACUAAAUCAAAGCACAAGAAGAAAUUCGUGAUGAAAAAGAAAAGUAAAAAGACAGGCCUCAAUGAAGAGUGUACAUUUGAGCCAAAACUUAGCAAGAACCUCCUCUCUUCUCCCAAAAAGGCAAAGAUGGCUUCUUCAAUUGAGAAAAAUUGGAAGAAAAAGGGACAUAUCCCAACUAAAUUAGCUAGAGAACUUGAAGACUUGAAGGAGUGUUCAUUCAGUCCUGAUCUAUCAAAGACUCAGCAUGCAUACCUAAGCCCGCCUUGUGGCACACCUCGUUUUCAGAAUCUGCACUCAAAACACAAGAACAAAAUCAUCAAGCUAGCCUCUAGGUCUAGACAGAAGAAGGAAAGUGAACUUCUUGAGUGCACUUUUAUCCCAAAAAUCCAAAACAGCUACAUGAACGAAACGAAAUACCAACAUCACUGCCAUAAUGAAAGGGAGAAAGCCAAAAGAGGUCAUUCUGUUAAGACCAACAGAAAGAAGUUGCUCGAAGACAGUGUCUCCACUCUUCACGAGAGGCUCCAUCAAGAAGGACUGACUGCAAAGCGAAAGCGACAAAAUGAAGUAAUUUUCAAACAAAAUUUACCUGAAAAUUGCACCUUUAAGCCUGACAGGAAAUCAGAGCUAGAGUUCAGAUACUCUGAAGAGUUCAAAGAACCUCAUCUUAGACUAUACAAUAAUUACUUUGAAGUGCAGGAGAAGCUAUCUUGCGCUAAAGAGGAUCGUAACCAGAACCUUAGAGCAAUGAGUGAAACACAAGAACGAUCAAACAUUAAUGUAUCAAUCACCAACAACUACAUAAAUUCUUCUGUAAAUUUCAGCACACGAGGAAGAUCUGUGCAUGACGUGCAUUCUAAAUUGCAUGAGUCAAACAAAUUCAAAGAACGAGACAGGAAAUCCCUUGAAGCUAGAAUCAAUGAGGAAGCAGGGAUCAUUUUCAGACCCCAAAUCAACAGCAUUCAGCCAAAAUCCCAGAAGCAUAAGUUCUCCAAUAGCUUAGCUACUAUCAAGUCUGAACAAGAGUCUCAAGGGAAAAGCCAUAAUUUUAAGCCUGAAAUAAGCGAAAGAUCCAAAAGGUUAGCCAACAAGUAUCGAAAAUAAGAAGAAAAAUAUCCCAAAACCAGCUAAAAAUAGCUCUAAAUAACAACCAAUCUGCUUGCUCAGAGAGACUUUUCCUAGAGUACAACCAACUUGAGAAGAACAGGGAGGUUCUCACUCAAAAAGUUCACAAAGAAGAGGCCAGGGACUGUACCUUUGCUCCUGAAAUUAAUGACAUCUCCUCAAUUGUAAUGGAACGGAAGAAUGCAGACAAGAAAGCACGAAAACAGACCUUUGGAUAA